GAUGAUACGGAAUGUGGGGUGGGUCCGCGCCAAGCAUGGGGGCAGCGUCCAGGAGAUGCGGGGCGAAGGUUCGGGAAUGGUAUUGCUCCAACUUGUCAGCCGGCCGUUCUCACGUUUGACCAUGGAAGUCUCUCGCGCGCCCUAGUUGACCCGAAGCUUCUGGAAAUUAAGGAGGCCCGAAUGCGCAGGAGAGAGAGAGAGAGAGGAAUUUUUGGCAAGCAUACCCGCUCCCAUAGCGACUCGGCGCUCUGUGUUCAUUUCCAUUUCGAUCUUCUCUCUGGAAAUCUGCUUGCUCUCUCUAAAAAUCAAAGUAAAUUGUUAGAAAUCUUUCUGGUUGAUCUGUAACCCCUCGAAAUCCUUUACCUUUCUUUCCUCUAUCUGUGUAUUUGUUGGAGGCGGGCUCUGGAUCUGAGGCUUGAUUGGGAAUUCUUGGGCUGAGUUCUCCACCGGCAGAAGGAGACAAUUUGGCAGGCGGGUGGGGUUGUGGUUGUCAGUGGAAGGUGGGAAUGGAGGGUGCUGUGUCAGAGAAGCAGUCGUCGCCUCCAUCAUCGUCUUCGUCUUCUUACACUUACUGGGUGAGGGAAGUGACGGAAGAUGCUGCUCCUCUCCCUGUUCCUCGCAAGCUAGCCCCCGAGGACCUUCUUUCCAACCAAUCCCACCCCGCUGCCUUAGGUUCUGUCUGGAAUCGGGCUGGAACGUGGGAGGAGAAGAACCUUAACAAAUGGGCAAGUGAUAGGAUUAAGGAGUUGCUUUUAUCUGUGGGCUCCCUGGACUUCAAUGGUGGCAAAGCAGAAAUAGCGGAUGUUUCCAAAUGUACAGGCGAUGCAUUCUUGGUGACAGUACGAAACAAGAAACGUGUUGGCUACACAUACGAGUUGACAUUGAAAUUUAAAGGAGAAUGGUUUAUCAAAGAGGAGAAGAAAAUGGUCAAGGGCCAUAUCAAUAUACUGGAGUUUUCAUAUGGUGAGCUGGAUGACUUGCAGAUUGAGGUGAGAGUAGGUGAGGACAAGGAUCUUCUGCAUCAAGAUAAGCUGCGGAUCUGCCAGGACUUGAAAAUGUUUUUGCAGCCAGUCCGUGAAAAGCUGCUUCAAUUUGAGCAGGAAAUUAAAGAUAGGUAGGGGGCACUAAUUUUGAUUCUUCCUGUUGGAGAAGCAUUGAUUGGAAUGAUGGUUGUAGCUUAUAAUUUCUGAUUAGCACAAAAUACAAAUACGCUACUGCAAAGAAAAAAAAAAAGUGUUAUUUAUGGAGGCAAGGCUUCCCUCACUUUUCUGUUGAGUCAUUGUUUUCCCGAGGAGCAAUGGUGAUGAACUCUUUGCUGGGUGUAGUAGUUGUGAUGAAUUGCAAAUGCUUUAUGCGUUGAACCAGCCUUUCAUCUGUUUAAAGUUUGGGAACCAGAGUCAUACGUGUAGGGUAUGGCAUUUCCCUACUUGAUAUUUGAUUCCUUAAUGUCGUGUAACUAACUGCUUUUAAUGUCUUCAUUUGAUCUCAA